AUGGACAGCCCCUUUGUGUAUUGCCCGUACGAUAAGAAACACCAAGUGUCGCGCUUGCGUUUGCAAGCACACAUCGUAAAAUGCCAGAAAAACUAUCCAGGUUGGCAGAUAUGCCCAUAUAAUGCCACGCACCGGUUUCCUCAUGAAGAUAUUUUGAGGGAGCACCUUGUUCAAUGCCCAUCAAAAGCUGCAAUAUGCCCAGAACAUAAAACUAAUACAGUCACUGGAUCAUUGUAUACUCCAAAACCCAUUCUACAGAAGGAUUAUUUGCCGGAGACUGAUCCUGAUCAUGAAAUGUGGGAUUAG